AAUCUUUGGAUUGUGUUGUUUUUAAUAAUUGUUUAAAUAAUUGCCAAUAAAAGCCAAGGAAAUACGAUUGAAUAGGAUCUCUAAUCUCUCUCUAAUUUCUAAAAGUGCCAAAUUCUGUCAGAAUCUUUAUGACUAGAAGACAAGCAGAUGCAGAGAGUUUAGUUUAGCUGCGCCAUGAGCCUCUGCCCAUAUCCUUGCAUAGUCCUGAAUCCUAAAUAGUAUGUUUAACUCAAACCAAAUGUCCUCGCUGCGACUGACCCAGCAUCAAAAGGAUCACUUGACGCUGCUCCAGCGUCCAGCCAGCGAUGUCGUGGAGCUGUGCAAGUCGGCUUUCGACUACCUAAUCAACGGACCCAAUGGUACCCGCUACGAGACAAUGGCCAAGAAAUACUCCACAGAUGCCGUGGACAAGGAGGCGGUGCAGCGCACAGUGGAAGCCCUGAUAUCGUUGUUGAUCAGUGUAACCACCCGCGUGGGGCCCAGUGGCGUGGACAUUAAGGCACUUUUGCGUCAAACAUUCCCCGAUAUCAGCGACGAUGUGUUGGAGGUGCUCGAGCAGUUUGUUACGAGCAAGCGGAACUUUGUGGAGGGGUCGAUCAAGUCGGCCAAUAUACGAUCCUAUCGGCUGGUAAAUCUAGACUGGCGAUUGGAGGUGCGCACGGCAUCGCGCACUCUGCUGGAGCAGUGCAGUGUGGUGAUCACCAUGAAGCUUUACCUGCACAGGGAGCCAAAGAAUGAGAACCGAGAGCUGCUGAAGGUAGACGAUUCAGGACGUAGCGAGCAGGAGUUGGCGGCCAUGCAGGAGGACGAGCGACGUCAUCGCAAGGAUCUGCUGGUUCAGACCGAUGUCAGUAGCCUGUUGUAUAUGAUCAGAACACUGGAGGACGCCCUGGCCGAGUCGAAGACGCGGCGCAUCCGCAACAUUGUCGAAGGAAUUCAUUGAAGUUUCCAAUACUCGGAGUAGUCUUAAUGCUACUUUAAUCUGGACCAAUUUAUUACAACUAAAGCUAACUAGAAGAUA